GAUCCAAUUUGAAUGAAAAUUUCUUUGCCGUUUCGUUUUCUGCAUGCCAAGAGUUCGGGAACACAUUUUUUCGAUUUAUUUGCCUUGCACCAGCGUCCACUAUUCAAUAGUUGUUGACAGCCAGCACAACAUGGAGGCAGCAUCAUCAAAACAUUUCCACUCACAAUAAAAAAACACAAGAUAACCUCUAUCUUCUCUGAUUGCCCUUGCACUAGUAAUUUUCCCCGCCAAAUUUAUGCCAUUGUUGUCGCGUUAGACUCGUCUUAUCUAUUUACAUUCCGUCUGGCUCGAAGUGAGUAGUCAAUUUUCACCGAAAAUAUGUCCAACGCAAAGUUCAACCUUAUCGUCGCGGCGUGCGAAAAUAUGGGAAUCGGGCUCAAAGGAGACCUUCCAUGGAGACUGAAAAGUGAACUUAAAUACUUUUCCCGGAUGACAACGAAAGUGAAAGACCCAUCCAAGAAGAAUGCAGUGAUUAUGGGUCGCAAGACGUACUUCGGAGUGCCGGAGUCUAAGCGGCCGCUUCCUGGGCGGGUGAAUAUCAUUUUGAGUACCACCCUCAGUCGUGAGGACCUACCUGGGGACGUAAUACUCUGCAAAGACUUGAAGGGUGCUGUGGAGCGAAUUCAGCAACCAGAUCUCCGUGACAUCAUUGAAAAUAUAUGGAUAGUGGGCGGUAGCGGGGUAUAUAAGGAGGCGAUGGAAUCCCCAAACUGCCACAGGGUAUACUUCACUGAAAUUAAAGCAAAAUUCGACUGUGAUACUUUCUUUCCCGACAUUCCGAAAACAUUCAAACUGGUCGAACCGGAUCACGAUGUGCCUGCAGACGUUCAAGAGGAGAACGGCAUCAAAUAUCAAUAUAGAAUCUACGAAAAGUCUCGCUAAAUAAAUAUUGUAUUCAAUAAAGUGCCUACAACAAUUUUUCCUAAAUCA